ACAGAACGAAAGAAUGUACAGAUUGAGAUCAAAGGGCUAAAAAUUAACUUUUUUUUCAUAAUCCAUUUAUUACAUCUGCAAGAGGAUUAUGACUGCUAACAAAAAUAUUUAGUGGGCAUUACUUAAUGGUUUUUGCUUGUUUAACAUCGGCCGCCGAGGUCAAGAUAUAUACGAGAGAAGACCUUUUGAUCAUUUAAAUACAAUUCUCUUUAUUUGUGUCGGUUUUAUCUUCAUCACAAUAAGGAAUGGUAUUUAAAUAUUCAAUCUGGGGCCGAUAAACUGUCGAAUGAUUUAGACAAAUUAAUACUUAAGAUGUAAUUCACUACAUUAUUAUGCGAUGAAAAUUUUCCGCUAUGUUUUGGAUAUUUAGACACACUCAGACAAUAUCAAACUUAAGUACCAACGAACGAUUGACCGCGAAGUGUAUCCACCAUAUAAAACUUGUGUUUGUUCAGUACCAGUGUAUUUAAUUACAAUGAGAGGAAAAGAAAAAGUAUAUAUUUGUAUAAAAGAUACAACUUUUAAUUAAUAAGUUUUGUGACCUUGGCUUUAACAGAAUUAAUAUUGACCACUUCUGAUUAAUAUAAUACAUUAUGGACUAAAAUGGGUUCAAUGUAUAUGAGCGAGGGUUUGUUAUCGCAGGAUCUGAUGUCGACAGCGUACAAGAAAUUCUGGUCCGUCAAUGGCGACAUGAAAAGAAAUAAGGAAACACCAAACAACGGGCUGUAUCGCAGAGAAAGAUCAAGAUCAUGUGGUGCAGCGUUCCGGACUCAUGUGAUGGCACAGGAUUUAGUGAGGAGGCCGGCAAGAAAAGUGGAUUUUAGUGAUAGCGAGGUGAUCGUUGUACAAACAGUUGUGGACAAAUUACGUGAUUUUGACGUUAACGAUGUUAGUAAAACUAACGGAGGAAUUAUAGAACAUAUAGACGGUAAACAAAGAGAUUAUUGGAACAACAUGAGAAACGAACCUGGAAAAAAUGGCUUUUCUAGACUUGACAUGAAAACAUUGCAAAAUAUAGGAUGGGUAUCGGGCGCCACUGAUGAAAAGAAGCCGGAUCCAUUGACUAAAACAGACGAUUUCUACACAAUGACAAAGGUGGAGUUCCGGCGUCUCCAGGAGCAGGUGAAGGACGUCAGUAUGAACCUGAAGAACAGGUUUCGAACAUCGGCCUACCAGUAUCAGAACAGCGACAUGUAUGGAGCGCACGGCGAGAAAUUAUAUCAACGUCCAAAUCCAGAGAACCCAAACCAGAUUUAUCGUAGCCAGUUGGCCGCUAGUCUUAAAGCAUUUCAACAAAAACAAUGGCCUCCAUUAACUCACCAGGAACUAGAAACUAGCUACAUAAGAUGUAAACCAGUUCAAGCAAACAAUGAAAGACCAUCUACAUCGUGUUCUAUGCGAGGUGGUCAGCCGGCUCGGCCUCUGCGUCCGAAAUCUGUUCCAGCAUCUUCAAUAAGACAGAAACUUGCAACACGGUCAGAUACGCCUUCGGAUGUCCGUCCUGGAAAAUUCGACACUCUGAGGCCAUCGCUCGCCGCUGAAUUAAUGGGACCAACUGAAAGGCCAGCUUCAGAUUACGACGGACCAGCAGACGACAAAGCUCCUUUUGUUGAAGAAUUAAUAGCAGAAACAAAGAAAUAUAUAGAGAAUGAUGACACCAGUACUACUUCAGGAAUAGAUUCUGGCGCAUCUGAUAACGAAAGUCCAAGUUCGGACGAAGAUAGUGAUUUUGAACCGGAAAUAGACGAAGAUAUUGUUAUACCCGAACUUAAUUUACGUCCGGAAAAACUAGACGCUAUCUAUAAACCUGAACCAAAACGUGGAUGGAGGCAAUACGAUUUUGAUAUGUCUAACAUUGAUAUACCACCGUAUGAGUUCCAAAGUCCAUUUCCCGAAGAUCUUGAGGGUCUAGAUUUAAGACAAAUGGCAAAACUCAAAUGGAAUUGGAGACAUCAUGUGAAAUCGAAAGCGCCGCGUGAAUCUGAUCUAGAAGGCGUUCUCGAUAGACUUGUAGAAUUUGAAAAACUUCAAGCAGAUACAAUUGAAUGGGAAAAUAAACGAGCAGCGCAAAUUAAGAAAGCUUUGCCAAGACGCAAUAACAGUUCCAAGUCUCUGCAGUCACUUUUAAAAGACAAAGAAAAAAGAUGUGACUCUGAUUGUCUACAAGCGACGUGUUUUGGUGAUUGCCCUGAAAAAAUUAUGACACGACCUACUUGUGAAAAUUGUCGACAAGCUUACUGUACAGGAACAUGCAAAGAUCUGAAAUAUGAACAGCGCAUGCGUCAAGCUAGAAUGGAGGAAGAAAGGCCAGUAACUCCAAAGCCACCAUUUCCUCGCGCAUGCACUUCAUGCCAGAAAAGACACAAUGCUAAGUUUAUCAAUGCUAACAAUCUUAUUCUAGGAUCACAACGUUUAAACAAUACAACUUUUAGUCGAGGAAUUAGUUCCCAGAAGCCACGAGAUAUGCGCCCUAAAACUCCAAAUAGUUUACCAAAAGAAGUUCUAAAAGAGUUUGAAAAAAUGAAUAUAGACGCUUCACUUCCACCUCGUCCAAACACUACACUGGCAAUCAAUAGGCCGCGAAGUCGGAGUUCUAUGUUUCCUGGAAAAAGUUUUAAUUCUCAAAGAAAAAAUUCAUUGACAGAUUUAGAUAAAGUGGGAACUGUGAAAAAGAAAAGAACAAAAAGUGCUGUGAAAGGAAAACGACCUAAAACUGCCGGAUGAAUUAAUCUUUAUAUCUUCUUGACUAGUUACAAUAACCAGCAACAUUUAACUAAGCGAUUUACCUUGUUGCAAGUUUUGUUUCUUCUUGAUGACACAUUUUAACGGUAAUUUAUACAAUUUAUACAGUUACUGUAUCGCUUAAUAUACAUUUUCCCAUGGAAAAAAAGACAUUUUAAUAUUGUUGUUAAGUGCUGAAAAGUACAAGUACUCUCUUAUCUUUCAAUUAUCUUAUCUUUAGUUUUGAUGGUGGAACUAAUUGAAAUAAUACUAAUUUAUAACCAUCAAAUAUUGAUAAAUGUACUUUUCUCGGAAUUAUAUGAAAUGGUUAUCAGAUAAAUGUUGACAUUCAACAUAUUAUUACUUACAUCAAUAUUGAAUUUUGUUCAUUAUGUAACGUACUGUGCUCAAUUCCUUUAUUGUCUCGUGUAUUUACUUAUAUACAUGUUUUCAGAUGUGCUAUUUAUACUCAAGUGCAAUUUGCUUGAAUGUAUUGCUUUCUCCAUACUGACAAUAUUAAUAUGUAAAUUUGUUAUUUACAUGUAUUUAACCAACCGGCAAUGAGAUAAAUCUAACUGCCAGUCCAUGUUUAAUUGGGCAAGUGAUUGCUUGCUGCGUUUGGCAUAUAUUUCUCUAUCGAAUAAUUGCAUUAACUAUUAUUUAUGGGAAAUAAUAUAAAAUUGUAUGUUAGUUA